GUAGGAGAGGAAAAACACAACUAGAGCCCUGCAUAAACGAGGUUAAACCAUGUUGAUGCAUAUCUCUCCUUCCCUUCUGCAUAAUAAAGGGGAAGCUAAUGACUCCAGGAAUAAGAACUGAGGGAACAUGAAGGUAAAUUGUUGAGGUGAAAGAUUACAUGAUAAAGGUUGCGUCAACAAGCGGCUCUGGCUGCUGCGUGAAGUUGAGAAACAGGGUAUGACCUCGUGUUGACAGACAGGCUGGACUAAACGCUACCUGGAGGUGUAGCAGCAGCAGCAGAAGAAGAAGGAGAAUCCUUCCUUUCGAACUGUUUCAACCAAAGAAAGAACACCCCCUCCAUAUCUUUGCUGUGCAACUCAAAAAGGGGGUGUUUACGUAGUCGCUCGCCACUCUUGACCUCUGAUAGACUUGAAAGAAGCCAGCAGCAGAGGCUCUGCAGGACAGCGGCUGCGCCAUCAUGGCAGGUGAUAUGAUGUUGCUUAUGCGUGGCUUGGCUAAGUUGAGCCAGGCUGUGAUCGAGACCCAGAGCAACGCUUUGCGCAGUGGGACCGGAGUUGCAGGUGUUGGCGCUGCUGUCCAGAGUGCCCAGGCAGCGGCAGAGCAAGGCCUGUCUGUAGCCAUGAUGAAAAUACAGGAGCUGUCCGGUGAGCAGCGAAGCAUCUCUGAGUCAGAGUUUGAUUUUCCUCAGGAUGAGACGUCGUUCACAGUAUCAGAGGUCAGGGAAGAACACGCGGACUUUACAGCUGAUCACGCAGGGACUGGUACUGAUGCUACAGCAGGGACUAACAACAUUCGUAGGAAACAGUCGAUGUUUGAGGGAUACAAAGAUCCAAGUAACCAGUUUAGUGGUCACACCAGAUCAUACCACCAUGAUGCUAGACAUUUCCCUGGACAUCGGCUGUAUAACCACAGCCAGGUGUUGCGAGAGGUCGGCUAUCAACAGCCAGUCAGUCAGUACAGGAGCUACCAUCAAGACCAGUCCUCAGUGGGGGGAUUGACAGCUGAGGACAUAGAAAAAACCAGCCAGAGCAAAGGGGCUGACUCAAAGCCACACAAACAGAUGUUGAGUGAAAGAGCCAGAGAGAGGAAGGUGCCUGUGACCCGGCUUGGCAGAUUAGCUAACUUUGGAGGCCUAGCUGUGGGUUUAGGUAUUGGAGCCCUUGCAGAAGUGGCCAAGAAGAGCAUCAGAAUGAAUGAAACUGCAGGUGAAAAUAAGAAAGCUGUCUUGGACUCCAGCCCCUUCCUGUCUGAGGCCAAUGCUGAGCGCAUCGUCAGAACCUUGUGCAAAGUCAGAGGAGCUGCUCUUAAACUUGGACAAGCUCUCAGCAUUCAAGAUGAUGCAUUUAUUAAUCCUCAGCUCGCCAAGAUCUUUGAGCGCGUCAGACAGAGUGCUGAUUUCAUGCCAAUCAAACAAAUGACAAAGGCGCUGAACAGUGACUUGGGUCCAAACUGGAGGGACAGGCUGGAAUCGUUCGAGGAUCGUCCGUUUGCAGCCGCCUCCAUCGGGCAGGUGCACCUGGCGAGGAUGAAGGACGGCAGGGAGGUGGCUAUGAAGAUACAGUAUCCCGGUGUGGCUCAGAGCAUCAACAGUGAUGUCAACAACUUGAUGACUGUGCUGAACAUGAGCAACGCUCUGCCUGAGGGUCUGUUUCCAGAGCAUCUGAUUGAUGUAAUGAGACGAGAGCUGGCGCUGGAGUGUGACUACAUCAGAGAAGCUCGGUGUGCCAAGAAGUUCAGGGAGCUGCUGAAGGACGAUCCAUUCUUCUACGUACCAGAGGUGAUCGAAGAGCUGAGCAGCAGCCAUGUCCUGACUACUGAACUUGUUCCUGGAUUUCCCCUGGACAAGACUGAGAGCCUCUCGCAGGAGCUGAAGAACGAGAUCUGCCAGAACAUCUUGUCGCUGUGCCUCAGAGAGCUGUUUGAGUUCAGGUACAUGCAGACCGAUCCAAACUGGUCCAACUUCUUCUAUGAUCCAAACACACACAGGGUGGCGCUGUUGGACUUUGGUGCUACCAGAGGUUUUGAUCAAAGUUUCACAGAUGUCUACAUAGAGAUUAUCCGUGCAGCCGCUGAAGGCAACAGAGAGGGAGUUCUGAAGAGAUCUAUUGAGAUGAAGUUCCUGACAGGAUAUGAGUCCAAGGCAAUGAUAAAGGCCCACGUGGAUGCGGUGAUGAUCCUCGGCGAGGCCUUCGCAUCCCGCAAGACUUUCAACUUCGGCGCACAGUCCACCACAGAGAGGAUCCACAACCUGAUCCCUGUGAUGCUGAAGCACCGCCUCACUCCUCCUCCGGAGGAGACAUACUCGCUGCACCGCAAGAUGGGGGGCUCGUUCCUCAUCUGCUCUCGGCUCGACGCCACGCUGCAGUGUAACGAUAUGUUUCAGAAGGCGUAUGAGAAGUACUGGGAGGGCCGCGCGCCUCCCUCUGUCUGAGCUGGUCCAGUGUCGAUUUGACGGGCUCGUCCUGGGGCCAGCAGCAAAGUGCCGAUUAUUGGGGAAGUUUUGGGCUGAGAAGAGCUGCAGAGCAGAGGAUGUGUUACCCACCUUUGAGAACAAGUGUUUUCUGUUUGGGGCAACCAUCUAGGAAGCUAUUAUACAUUUUCAAAGGAACAUUUGGAGCGGGAGCAGCAACCGGGUAUCUACUGAAUGUGUUUGUAAGCAUGUGCGGCCCUGAAACAAGAACAUGAACGUGAAAAGGUUGGAGUUAUCUCUGUCCUCUACUAAUUUCAUCAUGAAUGUUUUUUGUGUUGCUGUGUUUUGUUUUGUCAUUGUUGAACUUUUAGGUACCAUCAACUCGAAACACAAAGUCACAAAAUCAUGGCAUUAAUAUAAGACUUUGUGGGUUUUUCGGGUUUCAGUUUUGACCAAUUUGUCUGUGUCCCUUAGAAUGAUCAAUUGUACAGUCUGAAUAUAAGCAAAACGCAGAUAAAGAAUAGUUUAGUGACUGUUUGGUGUUGAAGUCGAGAGGUUUUGUCAGCUUUACGCCCAAGCUCUGACUCGGAUGGUGUAUCAUUAGCUCACCAGUCAUAGUUCACUCUCCGCUUAUAACUAUGUAGCUGCUGAAAUUUCAAUGGGACUAACGUUGAUAAAAAAUAGUUUCUGUUGCAGAUAUUUUUGAAAAACCUUUUUGUUUUAAGGCAUGAUUUUGUUUUAAUAUCAGCUGGUAACUGUUUCUGAUUAUGAACCAUAUUUUUCAUUGUAUUCCAGUUGAUUGCAAGUUUAAAGAAAUUGAUCCGUGUUGCUAAGACAGAAAGGAAGAUCCUUCCUGCGGGUUAGUCGUGAAUGGUUCUAAGAUGACAUGGCGGGGAAGAAGCUGAUCAUCCAGACGAUGCAAAACAUGGGCCUGUGGGCUCACCUCGCUUCCCACGUGCCGUUGAUGUUUCCACGCCUCCUCAGGGACAGACUCCUCUGUCCCCCUGGCCGGCGUGUGACUGUGAAAGUUCUCAACGUUCUGAUGUGUGAACGCAGUUUUAAUGCUCGAUGGUGUGAAAAUGGGUGGAGAGAGAAAAAGGAAAGGGACAAAAAAAAAAAAAACAAUGUGCCUGUCAUUCUCCGCAGACGGCUUUUAGCUUGAAAAUGUCGACUUUGUUUCUAAUGAUUGUUUCCAAUUUUAUAAUCAAAGUGCAACUGCAAGUUAGAACAAUAUAUUGUACUAAAAGAUUAAAUGUUUGAGCUCUAA